AUGCAUAAUUCUCCCAAAACUGAAAUAACAAAGAAGAAUUUUAAUUUUUUUGGAUCAUUUUAUUCAAAAUAUGCAAAAAGAAAUAAAAAUGACAAAUCGUCUGACAAGCUAUUGACUAAUGAAAAAGAUUCCACAUUAAAUGAACCCAUUUCAAGUAGCCUAAUGUCAAAUGAUAUCAAAUCAAAUGGUCUCAAAUCAAGUGGUAUCAAAUCAAGUGGUAUUUUAACUAAUGAUAUUUUAACUAAUGAUAUUUUAACUAAUGACAUUUUAACUAAUGAUGAUAUUUUAACUAAUGACAUUUUAACUAAUGAGAUUAUAUCAGAUAAACUGUUAUCUAAUAAAUACUCAUCUAAUAAACACAUAACUAACGAAGAUAUAUUAAAUACACCCUUAUUUGUUGAACCCAUUUUUAAUGAUAAGCAUAAUGUAAGUAAUGAUUUAUUUCAAUAUAAUAAAGGAAAACUAGAAUUAAGAGAUAUUAUAAAUAAAAAGAAAAAAGCAUUUGAUGAAUCACGCAAUAUUCAAGAAAUGAAUAAUAAUACAGAUGCAUUUGUAAUUUCAAAUAUGUUUACAAAUGUUGAAGAAAAAAAAAAAAAAGAAUUGGAAAAUCAAGAAAAAAGAAAUGAAGAUUGUUAUAAUAAUAAUAAUAAUAAUAAUAUAAAAUAUAAUUUAAGAAAUGAAAAUUUUAAUAAAUCCAUUUUCAUGUAUGACGAAUAUACAAGCAUUAGUUGUGCAGAUGAUAUAAUUACUCAUGUACCGUCGAAUUAUAAAAAAUGUGAUGAAGAACAGGAAAAUUUAUACUUAUGUAAUAAAAGUUAUGAAAAUAGUUAUGAUAAUUUUAAUGAUUAUGAUCUUUUUGGUAUCAACUCACCCAUAGAAAAGGAAAAGGAAAAAAAAAUAAUGUUAUGUACAGAGAAAGAUCAAAGGAGUAAUGAAAAUUUUCAAAAUGAAGAAAAUCAUUAUUCACAGCAAAAAUUAGAAAAGGAGAAAAUGGAGAAGGACAUGGUAAAAGCCGGAUUAUCAAAUCAGGAUGAAAUAAAAAUGGACAUAUCAGAAAGGGAUAUAUUAAAAGAGGACAUGUUAGAAAGGAAACCAUUAAAUGAAAACAUAUUAGAGAGAAAAUCAUUAAAAGGAGAUAUAUUAGAAAAUGAUGAAUUAUCAAAGAAUAUAUUAGAAAAGGAAUUAAUAUCAAAUGAUACAUUAGAAAAAACUAACAAUGAAAAUAUAUCCAAUUCUGAAAAGAAUAAAACGUAUGAUGAUAAAACAUAUUCUUAUGAAAAAUUUUUAUUAAAAAAUUUUUUCUCAAAAAUAUCGAAAUUUAUAUCAAGUAAUAAUGUAGAAGAUGAUAAAUAUACAAAUCAAGGAAAAACAAAAACAGAUAUAUCAUAUCCUAUAGAUAAAGAAAUACAUAAGAUAAACUCAUGUUAUUCUACAAAUGAACCUAAUGAAUAUUGUGACAGAAAUGAAAUGAAUUAUCAUAAAAUGAAAUUAAAAAAUUCAAUAGAUUAUUCUUAUAAUCAUAUGCUUAGUACUACUAUAGAUGAAGAAGAAAAUAUGAAAAAUUCAGAUAAAUGUACUAUAUAUCAUGAAAAUAAAUGGAAAAUAGAAAAUAAAUAUUGUAAUAAUAAUGAAUCACAUGUAAAUUAUCAUAAAAAAUUUACAAAUAUAUAUAAAAUGAAUAAUAAUAAAGAUAUUGAAGAAGAAAAAUUUAUAAGUGAUUAUAAUUGUACCAGUAAUAAUAAUUAUAUAAAUAAUAAUAUAAAUUAUCAAAGUGAAUAUUUUUAUAGUGAUGAUAAUGGUAUGAAUAAUGUAAAUGAAAAUAUACAUAAUAUGUUAUAUGAAAAAGACGAAAAAUAUUUGAAUAACUAUAAUAAUACUUGUAGUUAUGAGCAAAAUAAAUAUAUGAUAGAUACUAAUUAUCUUUAUAAUCAUGAAGAUAAAAAUAAUUAUUCAACAAAUAAAAAUGAUUUAAAUGAACGUAAUAAAAGAUUUUCUUCAAAGAACUUGGUAAAUAAUUCUCAUAUAUCGGAAUGUCCAUAUACUGAUGAACAAAUAUCCAAAUUUUUGUUUAUUCAUAUGAAUAAUAAUAUUCUGAAGGAUGAGAAAAAAUUGACUAUAUUUGAUGACGAAAAAAGUGAUGAUGAUCAUCAUCAUCAUGAUCAUAAUAAUAAUAAUAAUAAUAAUAAUAUUCGUGAUAAUAAUUAUUUAAAUAAUCAUGUGUCGUUAAAUAGUAAUAAUUUUGUAUCCCAUGGCUUAAAAAAUGAAGGGUUUAAAAAUAAUUUAAAUAAUAUAGAAUGCCAAAAAAUAAAUGAUCAAUCAGAUAAAUUAUUUUAUGAUAAUCGCCAAAUUAUGUGUCCAUAUAAUAAGAAAAAAGAUAUUUUUAAUAAUGAUGUAAAGAAAUUAUUAAAUUUAAAAAAUGAUAAUUUAAAUUAUUCUAGUUAUAGUUCGAAUAGUAUUCAUAGAAAAUAUAGUGACGAUAUAAAUAGUUUACAUAUUAAAAAAAGCAUUUGUAAACAUUCUUGUAAUAAUAUCAAAAAAGGACAUAUGAAAUAUAAUUGUUAUAAUCAUGAUAUGUUAUAUAAUGAACAUGAAAAAAGGUCCAUGCUAGAAUAUUAUUCUAGAGUAGCAAAACGAAAUUGUAAUAGAUUAAUUCAAAAGGACAAUGUGCGUUCUUAUAAUAUAAAUAAAUCAAUACAUAGAAAUGAAAGGAUUAACAAUAUAUAUAAUAAUAAUAAUAAUUGUGAUAAUAAUAAUUGCGAUAAUAAUAAUAGGGAUUAUCAUUGUGAUACACGGCAUUAUAAAGAUUCUAGUAAUGAAUAUAAUAAAUAUAAUGGAAAUGAUAAUAUUUGUAACGAUCAUAAUUUGUCACACACAUUAUCAAAAUAUGACAACUUUGUUCUUUCUGAUAAUAAUAAUGAUAAUAGUAAUAACUAUUCUUUGAAGGAAGAAAAUUUUAAUUUUAAUUUAAUAAUAAAUAAAGAAAAAAAAAGACCUCCUAAACUUUCGAAUAAUAAAAAUAAUGAAAAUUAUAAAAAUUGUGAAAAUUAUGAAAAUUAUGAAAAUCAUGAUAAUUAUGAAAAUUAUGAAAAUUAUGAUAAUUAUGAAAAUCAUAAAAAUUAUGAAAAUCAUAAAAAUUAUGAAAAUCAUAAAAAUUAUGAAAAUCAUAAAAAUUGUGAAAAUGCAAUGUACAAUGAUUUAUUCCAAGGGGAAAUUAAUCAAAAUGGAAAAUAUGUUCAUGAUAAAGAAUGUUUUAAAAAUGAUGAAUAUAUAUUUAAAAAUAGUAAAAAUCUUUUGAAAAAUAAUGAACUUCUUUUUAAAAAUAAUGAAAGUUUGUUUAAAAAUAAUGAAAAUAUUUUUAAAAAUAAUGAAAAUCUUAUUAAAAAUAAUGAAAAUAUUUUCAAAAAUAAUGAAAAUAUAUUUAAAAAUAAUGAAUAUAUCUUUAAAAAUAGAAAUUUGGAAUUUUUGAAAAAUGACAAAAAAAAAAAAUUCCAAAAUAUAUUUUAUGCAAAUUGUCCAGAGGAAAAUUAUCUCAAUAUGAAAUUAAUAGAUAAUCAAAAAAAAAAAAAUAAUAAUGAUAAUAAUAAUAAUAAUGAUAAAAAUAAUAAUGAUAAUAAUAAUAAUGAUCAUAAUAAUGAUAAUAAUAAUGAUAAAAAUAAUGAUAAUAAUAAUAAUGAUAAUAAUAAUAAUGAUAAUAAUAAUGAUAAUAAUAAUGACGAUAAUAAUAUUGAAAAUUUUUUUAACCAUUUUAAAGAUGAUAAUAUGGUCAAUAUUUUUAGUGACCGAAAUAAUAGUAAUUAUCAUGCAACUAAAAUUUCUUAUGAUAUGAACAAAUUAUAUAAAGGCACCCGCUUAUCAUAUAAAGAGAAACACCAGACCACAAAUGAACAAAAGGUGAAUAUGAUAUGUUACGAAAAAAAUAAUAAUACUGAAAAUAAUAAUAAAAAUAAUAAUAAAAAUAAUAAUACUGAAAAUAACAAUAAAAAUAAUUUUGAUAAUAAUAAUAAUAAUAAUAAUAUAAAUAAUUAUGAUAAUCAUAAUAUAAAUAAUUGUGAUAAUAAUAAUAAAAAUAAUUAUGAUAAUCAUAAUAUAAAUAAUUGUGAUAAAAAUAAUUUUGAUAAUAAUAAUAAUAAUAAUAUAAAUAAUUAUGAUAAUCAUAAUAUAAAUAAUUGUGAUAAUAAUAAUAAAAAUAAUUAUGAUAAUCAUAAUAUAAAUAAUUGUGAUAAAAAUAAUAAUAAUAAUAUAAAUAAUUAUGAUAAUCAUAAUAUAAAUAAUUGUGAUAAUAAUAAUAUAAAUAAUUAUGAUAAUCAUAAUAUAAAUAAUUGUGAUAAUAAUAAAAAUAAAUUGAAUAAAAACAGUUUAAUUGAAGAAUAUUGUAAUUAUAAAAUUCAUAUACAUAAAGAUGAAAGGAGGAAUGCUGGAGAAUAUUUAUCAUUAAAUAGACAAAAAUUAAGUGUAAGUAAAAAAAUUGAAAUAAUAAAAAAAAAUAAUGAAAUAAAUUAUAAAAGGAAAAUAAUUGAUGAUAAUUCAAGAAAUAUUAUAUCAAAUAAUUAUUAUUUUCCUGAAUUUAAUAAAAGUUCACUUUUUUAUAAAAAUAAUAAUUUAUAUAAUAUAUCAAAGAAAAAUAACUUGCAUGGGAUGAACAAAUUUAAUAAUGUUAGAAAUCUUAAGAAUAAUGAAAUAAAUCAUUUAUUUUUUCAAAAAAAUAAUCAAUUACAAAUUAGACGAAGUAUUCAAAUUGAUAAAAAUAAGGAAACAAAUUUUGAGCAUGUAACAGAUUUUGAUAAAUUGAAGGAAAAUAAAUUUAUUAUAUAUAAUAAUAAAUUGCAAUUAAUAAAUAAUCAUAAUAAUAAUAAUAAUAAUAAUAAUAAUAAUAGUAAUAAUAAUAAUAAUAAUAGUAAUAAUAUUAAUAGUAAUAGUAAUAAUAAUGUAUCGAGUGAUUUACAUCAUAAAAAUAGCGUUAUAUCAUAUAAUAAUAUGGAUUUUAAUCAAAAUAAUACAAUAAUGAAGAAAAACAAAAAUUCUGUACUUUUUAAUUGUUACCAUAAUGAGGAUGAAGAAGAAAAACACAAAUAUAUAAAAAAAAAUGUCAUUAAAAAUGAAUUAGAUAAAAAUAAUGAGAAUAAUACAGAAAAAAUAAUUGAUUAUAUUAUUGAUGUGGAUAAAAUAUAUGAUAAUAAAUAUGUUAUAUAUGAUAAUAAUCUAUUACAAUUACAAAGAAAAAAAAAAAAAAAAGUGGAAAAUUAUGAUUUUGUACUUGAUAUUGAUAAAGAAUGUACACCCAGAAAUAAAUUGUUAUUAGAAAAAUUGAAUAAAAAUAUUGCAUAUAUAAAUGCUCUGGAAUUAUCAUCAAAUAAAUAUCAUAAUCGUUCAUAUGAUUAUUAUGUACAGAAAAAUUUUCUUCAUCAUUUACAAGAAAAAGAGAACAUUACAAGGUACAAUAAAAAUGAUUAUAUUUAUAAAUAUGAUAUUCAAGAAAAACGAAAGAAAAAAAAAAAUAGAGGUAAAAGUAAUAUAUAUAUUCAUGAUCAAGAACAAUUUAUGUUUAAUACAAAUGAUUUUAUUAAAAAUAGGACAAAUUCAAUACAUUCUCAUUAUUUACGUGAUGAAAAUAAAUUAAUAUAUGAUCAUCAAUUUAAUGAUAAUAACACUCCAUAUAUGUUAUAUAAUAAUUUGAGUAGAAGAAAUAGGAAUAGUAUGAAUUAUCAUCACGACGAAGAAAAUAACGAGGAUGAAGAAUAUCUGGACAUAGAAGAAGAUGACGAAGACGAACACCACCACCAAUAUGUCAAUGAAAAUUAUUACAGACACAAAGAAAACAAUAAAAAUAACAACAAUAAUAAUGAGAAGAAUAACUACAAUAAUAAUAAUAAUAAUAAUAAUAAUAAUAAUAAUAAUAAUUACUAUUUUUGUCAUAAUAACAAAACUGAAAUGGAGAAAAUUACAGAAAUUCAAAAUAUGCUUUCCAAAAAAAUAAGGUUAGGAAAUGUAAAUGAUGAAAACUAUAAUACUAAUCAACCAAUAUUUAAUAAAAAAUUUUCUUUCGAAGAUUUCGAUUUAGAUAAUUUUAUUACCAACAGUAUGGAUUUAGAUAACAAAGAUGAAAAUAUUAUAAAAAAUAUCCUAGAAUUAGAAAGAAGAAAAUAUGCAAUCAAUUGUAUAAUGGAAAAGCUAAGAAAAGAUCAAAAUGAAAGUGAAUACCUAUCGGAUGAUAGCGAUCAACAUCAUGUAUUAAAUCUAAAAAUGAUGAAUACACAUAUAUAUGAUUUAUAUUCUGAUAAAUCUACAUAUAAUGUAUAUAAUACAAAAAUGUGUAUCAAUUAUUUAUUAGAAGAAAAAAUGCACUCUGAGGAAAAUAAAGAAUUCAUAAAAAAUUUCUUUGUUGAAAAUAAUGCUGACCAUAUAAACUUUAUGGAAAUAUUUAAAAAAAAAAAAAAAAAAAAAUAUAAUCAUAAAAAUAAUAAUAGUCAUAAUAAGGAGAAUAAGGAAAAUACAACAAAUAUAGAAAUUAUAGAAAAUAAUAAUAAUGAGGUAAAUAAAAUGAAAGAUUGUGAUAUCCUUUCUGAUGAGAUAAAUAACAAUUCAAAGAAUUGCAAUGAUAUACCAAAAAAUAUUCAACAGGAAAAAGUACAAUAUUGUUAUUAUUUAUCCAGCGAUCAAUAUUGUACUUAUGUAGAAAUGGAGGCAGGAAAGGGAAAUAAUAAAGUUCAAACGGAUGUAUUAAAAAUAAAAAGUGAUAACAAUAAUGAUGAUGAUGAUGAUAAUAAUAAUGAUGAUGAUAAUAAUGAUGAUGAUAAUAAUAAUGAUGAUAAUAAUAAUGAGGAUAAUAAUAAUAAUGAUGAUAAUAAUAUGUGCAAGGAAAAAAUUAGCGAAUCGCAUAACGAUCAUAACACUAAUAAUCAACCAAUUAAUGAUAGAAACAACAAAAAAAAUUAUUUUAAUAGCCAAUUGGAUUAUUUAAAACGUAAAUUUAGUAAUUAUAGAAAAAACAAAGAGGAAGAAGAAAAUAACAACUUUACGUCAGAAAAACAAUUGUCGGAAAAACGUAACGCAACAUUAAUGGAUGGAGAUAAUUCUGGUAAUUUGUCUGAAUAUGAAAAGAAGAAUGAUGAGAAAAUAAAUUAUAAUAUGGAAAAAAAAAAUAUAAAUAUUCCAAGAGGAAAGGCAGAAAAAUAUGAUGAAAACGAAAGUAAUAGAAAAUGGAAUUUGGUAUAUCCAGAUAUUUCAAAUAAUAAUGAAGAUGAAACUCGAGAUUUUUAUGAAAACGAAAACGAUAAUUACGAAGAUGAACAACAAAAAUUAAUUGAACAAAUUAUAGGAAUUAAUAAGAAAAAACACAAACUUAAUGAACUGAAAGGAAACCAUAAGGAUGGUAAUAUAAGAGAAGAAAAAGAACUACAGAUUUAUGGCGAAAAUAUUGAAAAAGAUGAUUUGCCUCAUAACAAAAAAGAAGAAAAAUAUGAACAUGACACACAAGGUCAGAAGAAUCAAGUUCUUUUUGAUAACUUAAAAAAUAAUGAACAAAAGGGUAUGUAUCUUGUAGAAAUGGAGGAUGAACAUGAAGAACAAGAUGAUGAAUAUGACGAAGAUGAUGAUGAAUAUGAUGAAGAUGAUGGUAAAUAUGACGAAGAUGAUGAUGAAUAUGACGAAGAUGAUGAUGAUGAUGAUUUAUAUGACUUAGAUGAUGAUGAUGAUGAUUUAUAUGACUUAGAUGAUGAGUAUGAUGAAAAAUGUGAUAAAGAAGUUGAUGAAUGUAAUAAAGAAGAAUAUUAUAUUGACGAUGAUUAUGUUUGUGAUAUAGACAAUUAUGUAGGAAAUCAUAAUGGAAAUAAAAAUAAAAAUAACAUAGAUAUUGAUAAUAAGAACGAGAAUUAUCAAAAUAAUAAUGCGGAACAAGGUCAAAAAGAAGAAAUAGAUGAAAAUGUAACAGAUGAACAACAAGAUGAUGAAGAUAUGUACAAAGAAUGUGAAGAACUCAAAGAUGAAAUAGAAGAUAAAAAAAAAGGAAUAUCUACUGAUGAAAAUAAACAGGAAAUAAUUCUGGAAAAACAGAAAUGUAAUGAAUCAGAAGACAAUAAAAAAAUAAGUCAUGUGUAUAUAAACCAAUGUGAUGAUGAGAAGGAUAAAUAUAAUAGAAAUUCUAUUAAUGAUAAUGACGAAUUAAAAUAUAAUAACUCCUAUGAAGAUGAAAAUUAUUCACUUACACAAAUAGAUGAAGAUAACACACAAGAUGAUGAAGAAUUAUAUAAAGAUUUAUUAGAUAUGUAUGAAGAAGAACAAUCAUGUAAAAAAAAUAAGGAAAGGUCAAAUAUAAAAAUGGAAGAAGAUGAUGAAGAAUUAGAAGAAUUAGUAGAAAAAAGAUGUUGCAUGAUAUAUAAAGAAAAACCUAAUAAAAACACACAUUAUGAAAAUAAGGGAAUGAAAAUAAAAUAUGAAUCAAGUGAAAAUAAAACAUCUAAUAUGAAAUUCCCAAGAAAUUGUGAUUACAAAAAAGAUAAUAAUUAUUUUAAUAAUAUACGUUUAAAAAAAGAAGAUAUAACUACUACAACAUAUAACCAUAUCGGAUACUUGGGAAGUAAACAUUUAAAAAGAGAACAAUAUGAAGAUAGUUCUAUUAUACAAAAAGAUGAUAAUAAUGAUAAUAAUAAUAAUAAUAAUAAUAAUAAAAAUGCCUAUGGAGAUAUAAAAGGUAAAAAUACAUUUAUAAAAGAGACCGUUAAUGAAAAUCCACAAUUACUACACGAUUGUUGUGAUUUAGAAGAUAACAUAAAAUAUAAAAUGCUCAAUCAAAAGAGUAAAGAUCGAAUUGUAAAAAUAAAAAGGAAAAUAAAGAAAUUUAUAAAACUCACCAAAGGAGAAUUAAAACUCUUGUCCAAAGUAUUACAUCAUAAAUUCUUACUUAAUGAAAUUAGUGCUAUAGGUAAUUAUGAACAAAAAACUCAAAACAAUUUGGAAAUAUUAGAAUUAGAAGAAUUUAAAUUAAGAAAGGAUUUCCUAAAUAUGUAUUGUGAUUGUCUAUCUAUUGAAAUAACAAAUCAUGAAAAGGAAUUCUUAAAAGAGUUUCAAUUAUUUAUGCCAGACGUAAAUAUUAUGGCAGACAAAAAUAUUUUAUAUGUACUUAGGCAUUCAAAGAAUGAAAAAAAUUGUGUGUUUAAAUAUUUCUUGGAUGUAAAAGAGACAAGUCAUAAAAAUGGUAAUAUCGAUCAUCUAUGA